AGAGCUACAGUGAAAUGGUGGCUGCUUGCUCAAAAACAGCAGCAGCUCCAUUAGGAACAGAGCAGCUACAGACGCAUUUACAGAAUCAAGCGAGAUUAAACCUCUUGAAGAACCAAAGAUCCAUCUAUGGCAGACAAUCAGCAGAUCAAAGCGACUGCGGCCAAAGUGCUGUUCUACGUGGAGAAAGUCUCCUCAUUCGCCACCUCCAUAAACCCUCUCUUUGGGAUCGUGACUUCAGUGGUUGCUGUCGUCAGAAAUGGCCUUGUCGAAGAAAACCAAGAGGCGAAAAAAGACUUCCAGGAGAUCCACGAUAAACUGGAAAUCAUCUCUGAGAAGAACAAGCAAACCCUUCGGCAGAUUCGCAUUGACGAAAUCAACGAGACUUACGGCAAGCAUGAGGAAGUCAUCAAGCAUCAAUACAAUGCUUUUAACGCCAUGCUGGAAAACGUCCGAAAAGACCCUGAGAACUCAGAACGUCAUAUGAAGGAGUUUGAGAAGAUCUACGAGAAGGAUGGGAUGGAUCUGAGCUUGACUGAGUAUUAUCGUGGCGUCAAGGGGGUCGCGCUGUUUGGGAGGCCCAUAUUGCAGGUGUAUCUCGAAAACUGCCAAAGGAACAAAAAGGUGAUGGAGGCCAGGUGCUCUCAUAUCACUCACUUGUUUUAUAUCGGUCUUAUGGCACUGAUGGCGUACUAUGCGGUCAGCGAAGACGAUGAGGAUGAAGUGAGAGACAAAUGGUGUCCGAGGGUGCUCGAGAUUCAAGCAAAGAUGAUGGAAGUUCUGGAUCAGUGCACUGAGGAAAACUGACAUGAACUCCAUGAGAUUAAUUCGAUUUCACAUGCUGAACGGUUAAAGCAAUCUUGAAUUGGGAAGGGGAAGUCAAUAGUAAGGGGUGUAAAAUAGUUCACUCUCUGCUUAGCAAUGGACUUUUACAUAGUUUAAAGCUGUUAAAUCUGUAUAUCGCAGCAAAUUUAUAUAUUAAGAAACAUGUUAAGCAUGUUUUUUGGUCAUUGUUGUGACUGAAUAUGUUGUAAGACGAGCAUUCCUAUGUUUUGAGCCUUUGUGCUACGAGUUAUUUUUUAUUAUUAUUUAAUUGUUUGCUUGUGUUUGUUUAUGCACAAUAAAUGAAUAUAUUUUCCUCUC